UAAUUUAGGAAACAUUAAAAAAAAAAAAAAAUCAUUGCAAUUUAAAUCAUGAUUUAUUUGCGAUGUUUUCGAAAGUGUUUCUGAGAGUACUUAGUAGUAGUGAUGUAUCUGAUAAAGUAGUAGUGAAGUAUCUGAUACAGUGAUAAUUGCUAUCCAAAUGCUUCGGAAAUUGCUGUGUUUGAUGACAGUAAUGCUCUUAACAUCAUGUUGCCAAAGUUGUCAAAGAUACAAAAAUGUUUUCAUCUGUUCACUUUUUCUACAACCAAGCAAGAAUGAAAAGACAGUAGACAUAAGUUCUGUUUAUAACACAAGGUCCCGUAUGAAAACUUCCAAAAGGUUUCAAGCUGAAAAAUUUCAUGAAAACCCCACAUUUAAGAAUUUUACCAUACCUCCAACAAUGAACCAUCACUUCAGUACGAUCAGGACAAGAAAGAAGAGAGAAAUGUCUGAUGCUCAAGAUCCCACAGUUUCAACACCAGUCACUAUAACAGAACAGAUUCUAGAUAUUCAUGAGUGUAAUUAUAAGCAUUGCGAAAGUUUAUGCAAAAUUAUUUAUGUACAAAUACCAAUUCAUUUAUCACAAUGCAUGGGUAAUUACUGCUUUUGCAUGAAGAAGAGAGAACUUUAUCCUCUAGGCAUUAAGGAAUUAUUGAAAAAACACAAACUUUUCAAUGCUAUCCAACAACCAUAUGAAUAAUGUAGAUUUUCAGCAGAAAUUCUUGGCUGGAAAUAUUUGGCAAGAUACAAUCGGAUUAAUUUAUGUUUAAACAUUUAAAAGCUAUUAAAAAUUCAGAAUAAGUGUAUGAAGUACAGAAUAAAGUGCUUAUAACUAAAAUGAAACUUUAAAUACAUACAUAAUUACUAGCAUCAGUUUUUACAUUCUCGUCAGGAAAAUGGAAAUUUAUAAAUAAAAUGUAAUUUUCCAAACAGCAAUAUCUUUUAGCAUUAUAUCUUAAAUGAUAUCCUUAAAUGGCCUUUAUUAUCUUGGGUUAAUGAAGAAGUAACAAAUGCCAUCACAUGCGAUGUGAUAAAACAAAAACUUUAAGUAUAAUGUAAUGAUCUUAGUAACCAUAAUCUCAUCCAGUUCAAUGGCAUCACAUUUUUCCUUUGAAAGAUCUUUCAUUAACAUUUUCAACUUGUUUUACUAAGUUUUAUACCAAUUUAUCAGAUUUAACCAAUAUUUAAAAGGCUAUUCAAUAGUAAUCAAGUAACUUAGUUUAUAAUUAGCAGAAAUUAUUUUUUAAUUAACUGUUAUUUUUUUAACUAUAUUACUCAGUUGAAAAAGACUGGAAUAUCAUCUGAUUUAAACUGAAAAAUAGCAUUUUCAAGUUCUGAUUGAAAAAUGUGUAAUUUUUCCCUAUCCUCAAUAAUGUAAUUUUUCCCUAUCCCCAAUAAUGUAAUUUUUCCCUAUCCCCAAUAAUGUAAUUUUUCCCUAUCGCCUUUUACAAAUAUCUAACAUCAGCUGAAAACAUAAAGUAAGUUAACAUUCUUGAAUUUCUACCAGAAAGAAUAAUAUGCUUUUUUUGGGAGGGGGCAUAUA